UUGAGUCAGCUGAUCAAUCCCAUUCCUGUUCGUUGCUGCACAGUAGUUGAGAGAAUGUCAGGCAAAGAUAAACUACCAAUUUUCCCCUCUAGGGGGGCCCAAAUGUUGAUGAAAUCUCGCUUACAAGGAGCGCAAAAAGGACAUGGAUUAUUAAAGAAAAAAGCUGAUGCAUUGCAAAUGCGUUUCAGAAUGAUUUUGGGAAAAAUUAUAGAGACCAAAACUUUGAUGGGCGAAGUGAUGAAGGAGGCAGCCUCAUUGGCAGAAGCAAAGUUUGCUACAGGAGACUUCAAUCAAGUGGUUCUGCAGAAUGUAACGAAGGCACAGAUCAAAAUUCGCUCUAAGAAAGAUAAUGUCGCUGGUGUAAAUCUACCAAUAUUCGAAUCCUAUCAAGAUGGAACAGAUACAUAUGAAUUAGCAGGUCUAGCGAGAGGUGGUCAGCAGUUGGCUAAAUUAAAGAAGAACUAUCAACGGGCAGUGAAAUUGCUGGUGGAACUGGCGUCACUACAGACGAGUUUCGUUACUUUGGACGAAGUUAUUAAGAUCACGAAUCGACGUGUUAAUGCUAUCGAACACGUUAUCAUUCCUCGAAUUGAGAGAACUCUGGCCUAUAUUAUUUCGGAGCUCGAUGAACUUGAAAGAGAAGAGUUCUAUCGACUGAAAAAGAUUCAAGAUAAGAAGAAAAUCGCCAAGGCAAAGCUUGAAGCGGAAAGAGCAGAAUUUAUUGCAGCCGGGCACAGUAUGGAGGCCACAAAUCUGCUCGAGGAGAGCGACGAUGAUGUGCUGUUUUAAAUACUGUAAAUAAUAUGUUAUAAGUAAUUAAGAUGUUAAUAGCCUCCAGAAGAUAAAAAAAAUUUCUCUUCCCAUUUAG